AUGCGACACGUCGAUUUUUCCCCCCUUUACCGCUCCACCGUCGGUUUCGACCGGCUGUUCACGAUGCUCGAUUCGCUCGGUCAGCCCGAAAACGGCCAGACCUAUCCCCCCUACAAUAUCGAGCGGACCGGCGAGAACGCCUACCGCAUCACCAUGGCGGUGGCCGGCUUUGCCGAAGACGAUCUGACGAUCGAAGCCAAGGCCAAUGUCCUGAAAGUGGCCGGCGCCAAGGCCGACGACGCGCAGGACGACAGCCGUGAAGUGCUGCAUCGCGGCAUUGCUUCGCGCGCCUUCGAGCGCCGCUUCCAGCUUGCCGACUAUGUGGAAGUGAAGGGCGCCGAACUGGAAAACGGCCUUCUGCACAUCGAUCUGGAGCGCGAAAUCCCCGACUCGAUGAAACCGCGCAAGAUCGAGAUCGCCAAGGGCAAUGGCGCUUCGACUCCCCAGAUCGAAGCGAAAGCCCAGAACUAA